AGACGGCAGCUAUAGCACAACACUGGGCUAGACCGCCCUCCGACUGACAGACAGAGCACAAGGCCUACCGGAGAGAGCAAGCAAUGCCGCCGCACCGGCUGCCGCUGUACCACCGGCAGAGGCCGGUGGUCCGGUGCGUCAACUUCCUCUGCGCCGUGCUGCUCACGCUGGUGCUCAUCGCCGGCAUCAUCCUCUUCGUGCUGUGGCUGAGCCUCCGGCCGCACCGGCCCCGGUUCUACCUCACCGACUUCUCCAUCCCCACCGCCAACCGGCAGUCCGGUCUGGCCAACCUGCCGGUGCGCUUCGCCGUCGGCGAGCACAACCCCAACCAGAAGAUCGGCAUCUACUACGAGGAGAUCGUCGCCUCGGUGUACUACGGCGACCAGCUCGUGGCCAAGGGCCCCGUCAUGCAGCCCUUCUACCAGGCGCCCAAGGGCGACACGCCGCUGCUGGGGCAGCUGACGGCGACGGGGCCGACGCCGACGGACCCGGCGUGGGGACGGUUCUCCGGCGAGCUCUCGGCGGGGACCGUCGCGAUGCGGCUGCUGCUCACCUCCACGGUGCAGUUCAAGGUGAAGAUGUGGGACACCAAGCACCACAACAUGAAGGUGGAGUGCGACUUCAGGAUGAACGGGGAUGGCACGCUGCAGCAGCAGGACAAGAACUCGCAGUGCGUGCUAUACUUCUAGCCAACCCCGGCCCGAUUGUUCGUUCUCUUGGCUUGCUGGUUCUUUACUUCUUUACAAUCGGCUUUCAAGGUCAAUGUUUUCUUUGAUUUUUUUAGCGCGCUUGCCUGAUAUUUAUUCUUGUUGUAUAAUGCAAUUAUUUGUAAUAUAAGCAUAUUCAUAUCAAGGAACAUUUAUUAACUGUUA